AUGAUGGGAAUGUAUACAAAGGCAUACAAAAAAAGCUUUAUGCAGCACCUGUCUAGCUUUGAUGAAGACAUCUCGAAGCCCUUUGGGCAGUAUCUUGAGCUUAGCUAUUCUCUUCAGGCUCACUGCAAAGUAGCAUUACCCACUCCCAUUACUGCCAAUGCAUCUACCCCCAUGGUGUUCAUUUCUGAAGACAAGUCGGUCACUGUGAUGUCCAAUGCGAACAGCUACAGCAACAUUGACAUUCUCACGCAUGAGAAACUCUGCCUCCGCCUCUGUGUCUUUGAACACCUCAGUUGUGCCUUCCAUCUCAGUCACUGCAUCAGCCACAAUCUCAUCGCCAGCCUCCUCUUCUCAUCACCUCAGUCCAGCCUCUCCCUCGCCAUCCCUGCUGGCAACUCAGGCAUCCUGUUCAUCCAUUCCGAGGCUGAAGACCUCAUUGGCCAGCCCGACUUUGUCCCCGUGCAUGUUUCUGUGCCCGUCAUUGACCCUGUCCCUGCACACAUCCCAGACAUGCCCAUUGACCCUGUGCCUGUGCAUGUCUCUGUGCCUGCGGUUCUCGACUCUGUCCUCAUGCAUGUCACUGUGUCUGUCAUCGAUCCUAUUCUCAUGCUCAUCAUCGACCCUAUUCCUGUGCCCGUCGUUGACCCUGUUCUCAUGCAUGUCCCUGCUGUGUGCGUCGACCCUGUUCUCACACAUGUCUCUGCAUCUGUUGUUGACUCUGUCCCCUCACAUGUGUCUUUGCCUGUUGUCGACAUUGUUCCUGUGCAUGUAUUGGCUGCACCUGUAGACUUUGUCCCUGCACAUGCCUCUGCCGUGCCCAUUGACCCUGUUCCUGUGUAUGUCUCUGUGCCUGCUGUCCUCGACCCUUUCCCUGUGCAUGUCACUGCACCUGUUGUCGACCCUAUUCCCAUGCCCAUCAUCAACCCUAUUCUCACGUCCAUCAUCAACCCUGUCCCUGGACAUGUCCCUGCCAUUCCCGAUGAUGACACUCCACCACUGUGGCUGCUGAAGGCACUUGGCCACCUGUGCACACUGAAGGGAGUAUCUGGGUGGGAAGAUCUUCUAGUUUUACUCAUUGUGCUCAAACAUCGGUCAGGUUACCCCCAAAAAAAGGCUUACUAUUCUAAGGACAUCUACAAGUGCAGGCUGGAUGCACUUAGCAUGUGGAUGGGUUACGGGUGCAAGUUCAACAGCCUACCCCAUGGCAUGAGAAAGGUGUGA